AUGUUUCUUUAUUCUCUUUUUUUAGCAGCAACAGAUUCAGAAUAUCAACUCUCAGUACCAUUCUUGAGAACCCUUCCUGGUGAGAUUGGAAAUUGGACACUUCGUGGCCAGGCUGUGGCACAAAAAAGAGUUAUCCACCUCACUACUGCAAUACCUUCUGUUUUUGGUGGCAUUUGUUCGAGAACACCAACGAAUGCCAAAGAUUGGUCUACAAAUCUCGAUUUUUCACUCGACCAAGAUGAAUUUUAUAUAACUCUCAGUAGAAACGUAUGCCCUGAUCCGCAAUCAUGGUUCAGCGGUAUGAACAUCACAUUUGUUCCUUUAGAAAAUGGAUCUGUUUCAUUUUCAGUCAAAGGAAACGAAGUUAUUCCUCCACGCACAAAUAUCAUAGACAAUUUCAACUUCUCGAAACAGCAUACCGUUCAAAUUGUCAAAAAAGGUAGAAAUAUCGAAAUAUCAUACGAAAAUGAACUUCAAUUUAAUGUUUCAACAUUUGGAGCUUAUGAUCAAACAUAUUUUUCAUUUUUCGCGCAAUCCCCUGUUAAAUGCAAUCGAUGCAUAACAAAUAUUCACGGAUUUACAUACAUUCCUACAUCAGAAAGAAGAAAAAUUGACGAAUCAUUAGAUCAAAGGAACAGAAAGGCCUUACGCACUACAGCGAAUAAAAGAGAGACAAUGAAAAUGAUGAGAAGAGCUGUGAUGCAGGUUGUUUCUCAAUACAUUGAAGAAGCUCUCGGAAAUGAUGAUAAUUUUACCGGCCAAAGUGUUCAAUUAAAGGAUUCUCUGGCAGAAAUCAAAGAAACUAUACUCAGAGCUAACCAUACUGUGUCGUCAAAGCAAUUAAAGCAGUUAAUUGAUGAAAAAAUCUCUCCUGUUUUAGAAAAGUCAUAUCACAGGUUCGAAAAUGUCGCAAACGCAAUGUUUUCGACCAAAAUGGAUAUGGUCAACAUAUGGAGAGACACAGGAAACCAACUUCGCCAAAUUAGAUCAGAUUUGAGCUUGAAUUGCGUUCAAAUCGAAAAUGAAGCGAGAAAAUAUAUCUUCCAGGUAUUCAAACUCGCUCCUGAAGAGUUUCAUGAGGAUAAUCAUGAAAAUGAAAAAGAAAAUUUAUCUUUUUAUCUCGGAAUCAUUUGUUUAAUAGAAUUUAUUGCUUAUUGCAUCUUUUUCCUUAGAUAUCACUUUGUUGUUUUAUCAAAGAAACGCGAAUAA